AUGCUGGGUCUCAACGCCAUUAGCGUGAGUGCCAAAACGUUCUCGCAAAAUGGUCAAGUUGAUUUUGUGAUGUACAAUGGGAACUCGCUCAGUGGUUAUGGAUAUAACGCUCCCAUUGGCCACGGCCACCUCGGUCCCACCGAGCUCCAAAGAGUGACCAUGGCCUUACGAUCGGGUAUUGACAGUGAGGUGCUGUGGGCUCUCACCACUCUUACUCGAAUUCUGGCACACACCAACUUGGUAUUGCCUCUGCACACGUUUUUGGGGGGUGAAAUGAUCAAGUACUUCACUCGCCCCUACCAGCUUAUUGUUGAGCAGAAGGAAGACAAGGUCACACUGGAGAUGGUGUCUUUGCUGUUGGAUUGUCUUUUGUCCUUACGUAACUGUGCUCAGGAUCUUUCAAAUCAGCAAUGGUUAUCUCAGGUGAAGGGGUUGCGGAAACUGUUGGUCGAAGUAUUGCGCUUCCUCUCAAAUUGGUUCUUCCAAGGACAACAAAGUGCAGCCCUUAAGAAAUACGAUAAUCAGUUCUACGAAGGUUUGCGUUACCUUGUUGACCUUUUAGAGCCGUUGACUUGCUACUGGGUGAAUAACUCGAAAAGCGACCCUUUGUUCAAUAUCCUUCUUGCCGACCUGCAAGUAGUCACCGACAAGCUGUUAUUCAUUGGCAUUCUCAAGUGUUUGCUGCACUUACUUAUCAACAAAGCUAAGGAAGAGAGAAGUUCCGUGUUGAAUCCUGCUGACGACGAUGGUCGGCUGCGCGCUGUAAACUGCAUUGAUGUUAUCAAGGAUACUCAGUUGGAAAACUUUGUCAAUUAUUUGUUGGUGGACGACAACGAGCUUUCGUUUACUGUGCUCGAGUUUCUCAAAAUGUACCUUUCGCUGGAAGCGAUUCAUCCUAAGUGUUCCAAUGUUGCCGAUCUGCAGUUGUUACGUCUCAACUAUUUGUUAGAGCUUAAGGGUUCGAAGCUGAGCUUCAACACUUUAGUCAAGCAAUUGCCAUUGUUGGUUGUGAGCAAUUUACCCCUCAACGAGGUGCUGACUAAACCACUCCCUCAAACACUCACAAAGCGUUCACAAUUCUCGGGCGUGCCGCUGACCCUUCCAGAACUUUCCAAAGAAUUAUACAACCUUAUUGUGAGGUUCCCCGAACCUUUAAGAGCCACAACGUGGUUGCGUUGUUGCUAUGAACCGUUGCUUACUAGUUCGCAAAGCGGAGUCGAGACCAAUGGCAACAGUGACAUUGUUCCUGGCGAAGUGACGCAAAUUUCUCUUUGGAAAGCCUACGAGAAACAAUUUCAAGAAAUUUGGGACACUGAGCACCAGAACCCAGAAUUUCGUCCGCUUUUACCUGCCGUUGACUUUAUCAAAAACGUCACUCAUGCUUUUCCUAACUCUGAGGCGAUGGUAGUCAACUUGGAGCUGGGACCUGAUGAAGCUCCCAAGAAGAAGUUUAUCAUCAAAGGCAUCCAACCCCGUCAAUUUGCUGUUAACAUCGAUAUUGGUAACUAUGAGGCGCUCAAGCCCCUGACAGUGUCUCUGACGAACUCUGCUGGUAACCAUAAGUUGCCCAUUGGCCACAUGGAUCAAGGAAAGUUUGACCACGCCAUCAACGGCAUGAUUGACCUGAUUUUAGAUGAAGGGCUGCGUAUCUCAAAGAACCUGGAAUUCAUGACGCAGAUAAACUUGUAUGCAUCUGACAUCUUGACGCAAAUUUUAAAUGAGGUUUUCGAAGCUAACGAUAAUUUGGUUGAAGAUAGCACGUUUAGAUUCUACAACCUGCACUGGCUUCCGGACGUUUUGUACGCAAAUCCCUCGCUUGUCGAGCUGGGGCUCAUCGAUAUUCGCUGGCUCAAAUAUUUAGUUUAA